AUGACAGACCACAGCGAAAAGUCCCAAGAAGCGAUUCAGGAGGCAGAAAAGCCAUCAAUACCGCCACCCGCGUAUCAAGAGACCGCCACUACCUACAUCGAGGAGGACAACUUCCACGCAGUUGACGCACCAGACGCCAUGUCUCAAGAUACCAUGGCUCCACCAGCGGGCCCAAGCAAAGCAGUACACGAGGAAGCUCAAGACACAGAUCGGCCGAAUAUGCCGGACAGAACCUCAUCAAUACUGAAGGGCAAAGGCCGUGCUUACUCGCCCUCUCCAGUGGUGGAUACUCCCGAUCAGAUCGUAUCGCAUGAUGAGAAGGUAGAAGAAGGAUCAAUCAUUCCGCAAACAUCGCCAUCAGCAGAAGAAGAGAAACGAGCUCUUCAAGUCCAUUUUGCCGAGCCACAAGAAGAGGAGGCAGCACCAGUACUGCCGGCGCGACCAUCUGACAUCCGAGUCUCGGAAUCUUUCUCGCACGAGAUCAUACACUCAGAUCCUGUAUUGUCAAACUUUCCACUCGAAGCAGCGGGAGCUUUGCCACUCCGAUAUGUAUUUGCAUGGAGUCGCCCCUUGCUCGAAUCUCCAACAUUGGAGAUCAGACCGGCGGACAACGCAACGAUUCCAUCAUCAUCUCCAGCUGUACCACCUACUAGACUUUGGAGAUUGAACUACGACAAGAAGUACCAUGCUCGGCUCCAUCGAUACACAUCCACUCCGCAAGAUUACAACAGCAAGGCACAGCUUGGCGACUUCCCCUACCGUCAGAUUGCAGAAAUCAAGUUCCCGGAGUUCAUAAUCCCUGGAAUAGGCUGCGGAGCGAUGGUCAAAUUUGACAUGCACGAAGAAGAGCUCGCACGUCUCGGGAGCUAUGCCACUGCCCGCGGGAAGAAGCCCAUGCCUCGAGUGCAGAAGUUUAUGCAGUGCGAAGGCUGGCUUACAACCUCUUACACUAUGGAAGUUCCUGUUCUUGACCACCUUCAGGCCAGUUGGAGAACUGUCCCUCGUCCGAAGGGAACCAAUCCUGGUUCGGGCUUGGAGAACGCGAAGGAGACCGCCAUUGUUGAACGUAAGACCACCGACAUGGAAAAGGAGGCUAAAAAGCAGAACAUUGCGCUUGUGACAAUCAGCGAUAUGGUUGCGAUGGCGAAACGCACCCUCCAUGACGAGACUUGGACUCCCUAUGCACCUCAACAACUGGUAGUGGAAUCCGAUGGACGGGUCAUAGCGACUUACCAGCGUGCUUCGCCAUUCGCUAAACAUGCUGGCGUUCUUACCAUUCACAAUCAAGAGUUGAGCCAUGUCAGCUGUGUGCCUGAGUUUAUUGAGGGUAUCGUUAUUGCAACAACUACUAUGGUGGGCAUGCAAGACCGCAUUGGGCUGGCCUCAAGCUUGAUGGAAGCUGCCAGUACUAGCGGGAAGUGGUCUCAAGGGCAAUGGAUGAGAGUGCAAAGAGAAUGGAAAGAUCGCAARGCAAGGCGACAAUCAGUAGGAACUCAUCCUUAUGGAAAUACUGCAGCACGUCAGCAACCAAGCCGAGACUCCGAGGAGGUCGGGUCGGAGGCUUUCGACGACGGACUUGAAGGAGCAAUCGGUGUUGAGGAGAGAGAGGCUGCGAGAAGAGAACAGCUGGCCUGGGAUGAAAAUCUGAAGGCUAGAUCGGCAGAUGAUGAUGGCCUUGGCGAUGUACUCAGUGCCGAAGAAAGAGAAGCAGCGAGAAGAGAGCAUCUAGCUUGGGAGGAGUGGAGUAGAACAAAUGCUCUGUCGGAUCUGCCAGGGACAGAGCCAAGGGAUCAGGCAGCGGGGUGGCAAGAGAAGAACCAAGAUCAUCUGCGCUUGAGGACAAUCUACGCUUGA